ACACUCGCACUCAUGUCAAACACAUACUACUGAGAGAGGAAGAAGUCCCGUUUUAGACAGACGCUUAUGUCACCGACAGAGCUCAUCCCCCAACAUAAAAACACACAGACUCACUCAUUCACUGUCACAUCACUCACCCUCUCUUCGACAGCAACAGAAACUCACACAGAGACACUGAACAAACACUUUGCAGCACUUUAUCCACCAACUAGUCGGACAUAGCGGAGUCCUCCGGGAUUGUUGUCCUCAACAUGUCUGAUGUUAAGGCCAUCAUGGCUCACUUCCAAGCGAGUGGGUCAGGCACUGACGAGACUUCCUCUACACCGGCUGGACGACCUAAACAACCCCUGCAACCCACCUUCUCCUCCGGCCCGACCAUUCAGACCAAGAACCCUUUCUCGGAGUGCCUCUCGGGCAGUGCAAUAAAUAUUCCUCCUAAACCAACUUCCUGGAAAAAUACCAUACCCACUAACGGCGACACAGUGGUACGAGAGUCGAACAGAGGUAAAGCCAUGGCCAGCAGGUUUGACACCACACAGGAUGACACCAACAUCAACAGCAAACCUUUAAUAGGUAAUAAACAGCAGAUACCCAUGAAGCCACCUCCUUCGCAGCGUCCUGAAGCUAAAGGCCCUGGACCGAAGCUUCCUCUCAACAAGCCCUCCCUCGGCUCCACCCUCUCCAACUCCAAACCUGCCUUUCCCAAACCAUCUCCAUCAGUCUCCAGGCCCAGCUGGAUAAAAGACGACAGCGGUGGUGGUGGUGCGCCCGCCACUACCGGCUCCGCGCCCAAAAUACCUCCUUUGCAGCAAAAGCCGAGCAGCAGCCUUCUAAAGUUAUGGCAGCAAAAUGAAGAGCAGGGAGGAGCUAAGACGGACGCCGCCAACAAACCAUCCAACUUCAGGACUGCUCAGAAUAUGUUCAACAAGGAGAAGGACAAGAAUGAGCAGCCAGAUAGUGGUGGAACCAACAGGCCGCCCCUCUGCGCCACCAACUCCAUCCCCCCUCCCAAACCUUCAGUCAGUAAAAAACCUAGCUUGAGAGGGAAGGCCAACGACUCUCCUCAGCCCAGCGGCGUUAACGGUGAUGCCACGUUGGGCCCUAAGCAUAACCCCAUACCCAACAUUUUAGCUUUAGGCCCUGCUCCUGCCAAACCUAACCGGCCCCCCAGAGUCAACCUGGAGAAAUUCAAAAGAGGUGCUGAGGCCUCUGAUGAUGGUCCUGGCACCUUUAGGAAAUCCAUCACCCCAACUCCUCAGUCCUCUCAUCUCAGUAACCACAGCAACCAUGUGGCCCCUCCUCCUCCCCCUCAGGCUGCACUUCCCAGUCUGCCCCCACAUCACCCUGGGUCCAUGAUCCAGCAAGAGGAAUUCUAUGAUGACGUUGAUGAAAUAAAAAACUCUCCUCCACCUCUACCACCACCCUCAGCUCACCCAAGUCACCUGAGGGCAAAGGAGGAAACUGACAAUGACGUCGGAGAAAUGUACGACGAUCUUGACGAACGAUGGGAAGCGAAUGAACAAGAAAAGAAGAAAGACGCGAAGGAGGAGAAAAAACGACUGGAUGCCGAGAGGAAAGAGCAGAAGGAACGGGAGAAGAAGGAACAAGAUGCCAGGAAGAAAUUCAAAUUGGUUGGCCCCCUGGAGGUCGUCCACCGGGGUAAGUCCUGUGUGGACUGCAGAGGCAAUAAAACUGACCUUGGUCUGAAGCAGGGCGAGUGCCUGGACAUCAUCCGUGUACAAGGAAACCCAGAGGGGAAGUGGUUGGGACGGACUCAGGAUGGUUCCAUUGGUUAUGUAAAAACCACUUCAGUGGAAAUUGAUUUCAACACUUUGAAGAAUCGUCAAGCUCCGCAGACGUACGACCCUGAGGUCUACGAUGACAUUGAUGUCGUCUCCUCUGACAACAGUGGGUUUAAAGGACCAGGAGUUGCCUUGCCGCCGCUACCAGGAGGAGAGGGAGGAGAAAUAUACGAUGAUGUUGUUGAUCCAAACCUGGAAGUCAGUCCCCUGGACGCCAGGCCUUCUCCCCUGAAGCCCCGCAGCUUCCUGCGGAUGUUUGAGCGGAGCAAUCGUCCUGCCAGCACUAAAGUAGUGCCUCCACCCAGCCAGUUUAACACACAGAGGAAUUCAGAUCUGAUAGAAGAUGAUGAGAUAUACGAUGAUGUUGACUCUCAAAAUGUGACUCCACCAAUCAGCAGCUUUCCAAUUCUGAAAGGCAAAAGCAAGACUGAAGAGAUGGACCCAAAGAAGCAGAAGAAGUUUGAGAAAGAGGAGAAAGACUUCAGGAAAAAGUUUAAAUAUGAUGGCGAGGUAGAGGUGUUGUACGAGGUGACCAUCGUCCACACUCUCACCAACAAGAAGUGGACUGGGAAAGAGCUGCCGGUCAAAGCAGGGGAGAAACUUGACGUCAUUGUUAAAGCCGUGGACAACAAACUGAUCUGUCGGAACGAGGAGGGCAAGUUUGGUUAUGUUUCGACCAGCCACAUUGUUACAGACGAUGGUGAUAUCUACGAUGAUAUUGGAGAUGGUUGUAUUUAUGACAACGACUGAGAAAAAUCCUGCACUGGGUUUGUUGUUUCACACUGAUUUUGUUCAUGUUAUUGAGUACGAUUAUAAAUAAGGUGAUAUACACAACAUUUGUAUAUUUCUGUUUAUAUAUUUUCGCCUGUUUUUCCCCCUCACUUAUGCCUCCAUUGAGUUUUUUUAUCAUAAGAAUAGCAGCAUGUUUAAAUGAAAGUUGUAAAACCUUCAUUGCUACGUUGUCAUUAUUAUCUGUCCAUGAUAUGCUAUUGUUCAUGACUGUUUUCUUGGCCUUCAGCAUUUAAAAUAAACAACUGUUUUAGUGCCAAAGUGAUUUUGACAAAAGUUAUGUAUAAAGUUAUGACAUACAAACA